AUGAGUUGGCGCUCUCAGGUUGCUCCCCCUCCUCCACGGGGGCGGCUUGAGGCAGGCUAUAAUGCGUCUUCAACUUCGCCACGCUUUGCAGGCUUCCACGGCCCGUCGUACCAGGUCGCUGCCAUCAAGGCCAGCCUGGGAUCAACAACAAGCACCGGAAAGGGGUCUCUUUUUAUCCUUAUCGGCUCAUUUCCUAUCCAGAAACACGCCAUGCCCUACCAUGACUAA